UCGCAUUAUAUAUCGUGGAAUAGUUUAUUCCUUUGGGGAUUUGGAUUAUGGAUAGCUCUAUGUACAAGCAAUGUAUAUCAUUCAGUUAUUUCAAAACAACAAGGUAAAUAUUACGUUCUGUAUAAUAAAUUUAUUCAACAUAAUAGCUUCCGUGCAGUUACGUUAUUUUACUUAUAAAAUUCAGAUCUUGAAGUUGUGUAUAAUAUUUCGACAAAAACGGAGGCUAUAGAAGAAAUGUUACAUAUUACAAGAGUAAAUUAUAUAUACUGUAACAUGAUAAUAAUGUUAAAAACUGUACUCCAAUAUGUUUAUGUUUUUGUAUCUAUAUCUUUCGCAAUACUUUUCGCAUGUUCAUAUAGCAAUUCCCUUAAAAAGGCGAUAAAAAUAUGGAAUAAUGUGAUGUGCAACUUUUACUCAGCUAUCUUUUAUUUCACAACUUUCAUAAGAAGUCGUAACAAAAAUAUUUUUAAUAAAAGCGAUUCAAAUAAAAGUGUCUCUGCUAUAUUAGAAUCUAAAUUGAUGCCAAAUUUUGUGAUAAGUACAAAAUAUUUAAAAACAGAAUUGAGUUGUGAUGAUGAAGAAGAUAAAUGGACUGUGGUAAAAAACAAAAAUAAAAAUAUAUUGGAUACAAAUAUAAAUAUUAUUCAAAGUGAAAUUAUUUUUAGUAGUUAUACAUUGUUGUUUUUCAACAAUUAUGAACUUUAUCAAUACUUCAAUAAUCAGUAUCUAAAAAAUCAUUUAUUAACGAAAUAUUUCGUACGUCAAGAUUCAGAACAUAUAAGAAGUAAUUUAAAAACAUCAAAUAAGUAUAAAAGAAAUAAUAAUACUUCACCAAAACAAGUCAUACAAAGAGGCAUUGUUAGCUCUUCACCGGAAUUUAAAAAAUUCUUAGCAAAUUUAAAAACAUUUCAAUUUUUUUAUCCAUGCAUGUUAGAAGUAUCUACAAAUUAUAUGAUUCGUAUAAAAUCAAUAAAAUAAAACACAAUAUUUUUAUUUGUACAAACGUUUUCAUUUUAAGUUUUUAUAAUAUAAAUAUACAAUAAGAAAACAGAAUUCUGUAUGUUAAUAAUCUUAUAUUUUUUAUUAUCCUAAUAUGUAGUACAUAUUAUAACAAAUUUUUUCAUGAAAAUUAUGUUCUUAGAAAGUGUACAAAAACACG